AUGUACAGACACAGCGUUCGUCGCCAAUUCGCCACUGCUAGCGUCCUCAGAGAAUGGCACCAGAUCCCCUUGGCCCCCCCCGACAAGAUCUUGGGGAUCACCGAGGCGUUCAAGGAAGACAAGAACCCCAACAAGAUCAACUUGGGUGUCGGCGCCUACCGCGACAACACCGGUAAGCCCAUCAUCUUCCCCGCGGUGAAGAAGGCCGAGAAGAAGCUCUACGACAACGAGAAGGAAAAGGAGUACACCGCCAUCACCGGGUCCAAGAACUUCCAGGAUAUCGUCAAGAACUUCAUCUUCAACAACUCCAACAAGGACCCCAACGGGAAGAAGUUGAUUGACGAAGGCAGAAUCGUCACCGCCCAGACGAUCUCCGGUACCGGGUCGUUGAGAGUGAUUGCCGACUUCAUCGCGCGCUUCUACAACUCGAAGAAGAUCUAUGUCCCCAAACCCACCUGGGCCAACCACGUCGCCGUGUUUACCGACGCUGGGCUCCAACCCGAGUACUACGCUUACUACGACACUUCCAAGAACGACUUGGACUUCGCCAACUUGAAGCUGUCCCUCCAAAAGGCCGACGACGGCUCCGUGGUGCUUUUGCACGCGUGCUGCCACAACCCCACCGGUAUGGACUUGACCGGUGACCAGUGGGAACAAGUGCUCGAAAUCAUCCAGCAAAAGAAGUUGUUCCCCUUGAUCGACAUGGCCUACCAAGGGUUCGCUUCGGGCUCCCCCUACGAAGACAUCUCGCUCAUCCGCCGCAUGACCGAGUUGGCCGUCGAGAACAAGAUCCCCACCUUCGCUCUCUGCCAGUCGUUCGCCAAGAACAUGGGCUUGUACGGUGAACGUACCGGUUCCAUCUCCAUCAUCACCGAGCUGGCCGACCAGCUGAAGGCGAUCGAAUCGCAGUUGAAGAAGUUGAUCCGCCCCAUCUACUCGUCGCCCCCGAUCCACGGGUCGAAGAUCGUCGAAACUAUCUUCAACGAAGGGUUGUUGGACGAAUGGUUGGCCGAUUUGGACAAGGUCGUUGGCCGGUUGAACACCAUCAGACAAAAGUUGUACGACAACUUGGACAAGCUGAACUACAACUGGGACCACUUGCUCAAGCAGAGAGGGAUGUUUGUCUACACCGGGUUGAACCCCGAGCAGAUGAAGCGGUUGAGAGACGAGUUCUCCGUCUACGCCACCGACGACGGGAGAUUCUCCAUCUCGGGGAUCAACGACGCCAACGUCGAGUACUUGGCCGACGCCAUCAACCAGGUGAUCAAAAAGUAA